AUGGAUUUGCUUCGUAAGGAGUGUGAAGAAACCCUUAAUUGGAAGGGGAGUCUCAUUUUAAAUCAAAGGGAGGAUAUUGCCAUAGGCGGGAAACGUCUCUCAUCCCAAGAAGUUAUCCUCAAGAAGUAUCAUGCAGAUUUUGAAGAUGCCUGCGCUUCCUUAGCUAAGGUUACUGCAGAACGAAACGUCCUGUCUUCUGAGGUAUGUUUUCUUAAGAACAAACUUAUCAAAGAUGGCUCCAUGUCUUCUUCCAUGUCUCAUGCGUCUUUAGUAAAAAGGUUGGAAGAGUUAGAAAAUGUUUACCAAGCUUUAUCCACUGAGAAUACUUCGCUCCGGAUUGAUGUUGAUAAUCUUCGGAUGGAACGAGAUACGCUUGUGGAAGAUCUCGACGCCGCUGAGGUGGAUCUUGCUGAGGCUCAACAUAGUCUCCAGGAACAACUAUUGGAUGCAAAUGCUAAGAUUACCCGUCUUGAAGGCCAGAUAUCCUCGUUGGAGAUUUCUCGCCAAUUUGAUGCUACUACUAAGUUUAAGGCUGAGGCGCUUCAGAAAGCUAACGAUCAGCUUUGCGCUCAGAUGAUGGAGCUUCGCCAGAAGUCGGCUUCGGAUCUAGAAGCUCAUGCUUAUCAGAUGAAGGUGCAAUUUGAGCGUUCGGCCAUUGAUUACAUUAACAAUGCCUUUGAAGAGGCCGAGCUCCAAGAAGAAGGAGUUGUCUUUCCUCUUCUUCCUUACCCUUGA